GGCUGAAGUUGCCAGUCUUGGCUUGAAGUGGCUGCCAUAGCAGCAGAUUGUCCACUGCGCGAUACAACUGCACCGUCUUGCCGCAACAGGAGUGUUUCGCUCCCAAAGAAAGGCGUAAACCAGCCUAGCACUUACCACAGCGCUGCUUCACUCACAAGCAGUGCAAACAACCAGCGCCGCCGAGCGCUGCCAGGAACCCACUCUGCAGCGCGGAGCCACACGAUGCCGCCGCGCCGUAGCAGCCUCCUCCAGGCAGCACUGUUCGUCGCGAGCGCCGCGCCAGCGCGCGCGCGCAUCGGCCCGCCGCCCCUGGUCCCCGGCCGCAAGCUGCACGCGCGCGCGUCGCGGCGGCAGCUCGUCCUCGCGUCCAUCACGCCGCCGCAAGCCCAACUCGCGGCGCGCCCGAGCGGCGACGAGCUGCUGGACACCGCGCUCCAGGGGCUGAAGUACUUCUCGUGGGCCCUCGACGUGGCGAUCUUCGCCCCGUUCCUCGCGCAACUGCCCGUCAUCGGCAACCUCCUGGCCCUCGAACCCAUCCGCAUGGUCCUGACGCCCGUCGAGCUCGUGAUGCAGCCGUAUUUUGCCGCGUGGCGGUCGCUGAUCCCGAUCCACCGGCCCAUCGACCUGUCAUUACUUCCGGCGUUCUACGCGCCGGCGCUCGCGCGGCGAGAGCUCAUGAAGAAAAAGUUCAAAAAGUUAAGGGCGGCGCACGAGGCGCAACUGGCCCUGCAAGCGGCGGAGCAGGACCAACAGAAGCAGAUCGCCGGCGGCGGCGUGCCCAAGGGCGCGAAGGCCGCCGUCGCGGCGAUGGGCGGCGCCGCGGUCUUCACCGGUUUGGCAUUGGCGGCGUCGAAGGCUCGGGCAAGUAGCAGCUUCGGGGAGGGUGGCGUGGCGGGGCUGGACGACAUCGCGGAGCCCGUCGCCGAGUAAACUUCAAGUAUCACUUAA